AUGUCUGAAGAAGCUGGGCAGAUCACGGUGCUUUAUGGUGAUUUCGGAUCAGAGAUCUCUAUCUUUGAUGAUACAAGCAACACUGAGGAAUUACCGGAUCAAACAAAGUUGUCUCUAGAGACAACUAAUGAUGUCGUUCCAUACAUAGGACAAACCAUAUUACCUCAUCUGUGUCUGAAAGAUGAAAGCAUUUCCCUUCUAAAAUUCAGUAAAACAUUUACUGUAGAUCCCACAAUACCUUUUCCUCCUUAUCCUCAAGUUAUGUGUGAUUUUUAUGCAAAAACUAGUUCAUGGACUAUGAGACGAGAUUGUUGCUCAUGGGAUGGAGUGUUAUGCAAUGAGUUGAGUGGCCCUGUGAUUGAGCUUGACAUCAGUUGCAGCCAACUUGUUGAUGAAAUUCCUUUUGAAAUCUCUCAUCUUUCCGAGUUGCGUUCUCUUCAUCUCCCAGUUAUGGUUGAUAUUGGUAAGCUGAGACUUGAGCCUCAUGAUUUUAAAUUACUCCUUCAGAACUUGACCUAUCUAAGAGAGUUUGAUCUUAAUGGUGUGAACAUUUCGUCGACCAUUCCUCCAAAUUUGUCUUCUCAUUUAACAACUCUGAGGCUUUAUCAAACAGAGCUAUUUGGGAUAUUACCUGGGAGUGUUUUUCACCUGCCAAAAUUGAAAGCACUUGCCUUAUCACAGAAUCCUCAGCUCAGUGGUUAUUUUUCAAUGACCAAAUGGAACAGCAGUGCAUCUCUCAUGGAGUUAGAUCUCAACAGCGUGAAUUUUUCUAGUAAUUUUCCCGAAUCUUUUGGAUAUCUAACGUCACUACAGUCUUUGAGACUUCGUUCGUGCAAUCUUUGGGGGCCUAUUCCUGAAUCUCUUUCAAAUAUCACACAUAUAAAAUAUUUGUUCCCUGAUAAUAACUCUGUGAAUGGAACAAUACCAUUCUGGAUAUUCUCCCAUAAUCCGUCACAAAGUAAUUUAGGUUUGAGUUCUAACUACUUCUCCAUUGCUACAAGUAGUGAUCAACAGGGAAUACUUGCUCUUCUUUGCGUUCAUCUUGAGGAUUUUAAGAACAAUUCACUAGUCGAGAUUAAUUUAGGAGACAAUCAGUUGCAAGGCCAUCUUCCCAAGUCAAUUCAGAACCUUGUGAACCUAGACACGCUUGAUCUUUCAUCAAAUAAUUUUAGUGGUCAUGUGGAUGUCAGCUUCUUUUCAAAUCUGAAGCAUCUUCGAGUUCUUGAUCUUUCACAUAAUCGUAACUCAUUGACCAAUGAGAACAAAGUCAAAGUUUCUUUGCCCAAAUCUCUUGAGUACUUACGAUUGGCGGCAUGUGAAGUAAAAGAUUUGGAGUUUCUAAGAUCCGUAACGAAUAUUCAGGUGUUAGAUCUUUCAUCAAAUAAUUUUUGUGGCGAUGUGGAUGUCAGCUUCUAG